AUGCUAAGAAGACCAUUAUCAAACAAGAACGGCGAUCCACCCGUGACUUCCGCCACCGGGGGAGGGUUCGGUCUAGUCACCUUCAAAGCAUUCAAACCACCUUCAGCGAAAGCACCCAAACGUGACUCAGCCCUACCAGCGCGUAAAAGGAAAGCGGUCAACUACAAGGGUCAAGGUGGUGGCAACGAUAGUGAUUCAGACGAAGAUGGCAAACCUAUUAAAAAAGGUAAAUUCGCAAUGGGAAACAAAGAGUAUGGUGAAGAUGGUGUGUUGGGUGAUAUGGCAAAAUGGUGCAAUAGGAAGUUCCCGGUAUUUGAGCCCAAGGAGAAGACUGUUGUAUUCACCAAGAGCUUUUCCAUCCCAGUGAUGCUGAACCCUAGAUCCUCUGAACCAAUCAUUCACGCUCUUUCCCACGCUUCUCUUGGUGCUCGGCGUCAUCCUACUCUCACUCCUCGACCAUUACAUGACCCCAUGGCAGAUACAGCCAUAGUACUAUUCGACCCUACAAUAGAUGAUAGACCACCUCCGGAAGAGAUCGAUGCGGCGAAAGCAGAGGAGGAGAGAAGAAAGAAAGAAGAAGAGGCUAGAGGACCACAUAAAUCAUUGAAAGCAAUCCUAGGUAUAGUGGACGUUAAGAAAGAUAGGAAGGAAGUCAAAGUGCCAGUAGUCAUCGAUCCUAGAUUAUCGAAGGUUUUGAGACCACAUCAAAUUGAAGGUGUAAAGUUCUUAUAUCGGUGUACGACUGGGCUACUUGCUGCCAACGCCUGGGGAUGCAUCAUGGCAGAUGAAAUGGGUUUAGGUAAAACACUACAAUGUAUCGCUCUGCUCUGGACCUUACUGAGGCAGUCCCCUAUUGCCGGCAAACCAACUUGUGAAAAGGUCAUCAUCGCCUGUCCUACUUCUUUGGUCGGUAAUUGGGCCAACGAAUUGGUGAAAUGGCUUGGGCCCGGAGCAGUCAACCCAAUGGUAGUGGAUGGAAAAGGAGGAAAAGCUGAACUGAUACCCGCAGUUAGAAGAUGGGUCCAAGCUCAUGGACGGAACAUCACCUUACCAGUCAUGAUCGUGUCAUACGAAACCCUUCGAACGCUUCAAGAGGAACUAGCCAAUUGCGAAAUCGGUCUUUUGUUAGCUGAUGAAGGCCAUCGACUCAAGAAUGCCGAUACCUUGACAUUCCAAGCUCUUACUUCUCUCAAAGUCCAGCGGCGAGUAAUUUUGACCGGUACUCCCAUCCAAAAUGAUUUAUCGGAAUAUUUCGCCUUGCUCAACUUUGCCAACCCCGAGUACCUGGGUUCCAAAGGUGAUUUCAAGAAGAAUUUCGAGUUGAAGAUUCUCAGAGGUAGAGAUGCAGAUGCCUCUGAUAAAGACAAGGCAGAAAGUGAUGCCAAGUUGAAAGAAUUAGGUGGACUGGUCAGCAAGUUCAUCAUUCGACGGACCAACGACCUGUUAUCCAAAUAUUUACCCGUUAAAUACGAGCAUGUGGUAUUCUGUCGACCAUCACCUCUUCAACAGAAAUUAUACAACCUUUUCGUCACGUCCAAGGAUGUACAACGACUUUUGCGAGGAAAAGAUUCCCAGCCUCUUAAAGCCAUCGGUCUGUUGCGAAAACUCGUCAACCAUCCUGAUUUACUCAAUUUACCUGAGGAUUUACCCGGAAGUGAGAAUGUCCUACCGGACGACUAUCAUGGAAAGGGUAGAGAUAGGACAGUGGAUUGUAGCUAUUCGGGAAAAUUUGUGGUUCUUGAGAGGAUGCUGGCUCAUAUCCGAAAUCACACCAACGACAAGAUCGUACUUAUCAGUAAUGCCACGCAGACGUUGGAUUUGAUGGAGAAGAUGUGCAGGAACAACAGAUAUGGCUAUCUUCGUCUGGAUGGCUCGAUGUCUGUACCUAAACGAUCAAAAAUCGUAUCCCGGUUCAAUGAUCCCGAGGGAAAAGAAUUUGUCUUCUUGCUAUCCUCUAAAGCUGGUGGAUGUGGUAUCAACUUGAUCGGAGCUAACAGAUUGGUCUUAUUUGAUCCUGAUUGGAACCCUGCGAGUGACCAACAAGCCUUGGCACGAGUAUGGAGAGAUGGUCAAAAGAAGGAAUGUUUUGUUUAUCGAUUCCAGACCACCGGUACUAUUGAAGAAAAGAUAUUCCAAAGACAAUGUCAAAAGCAGAAUCUCUCUGCGUGUGUAGUGGACGAAGCCGAAGAUACCGCUCGACAUUUCACUCAAGAUGAUUUACGACAGCUAUUCAAGUACAAUGCCGAGACGGCGUGCGAUACCCACGAUACAUAUAAAUGUAAGAGGUGUAGGGAUGGUAAACAAUUUGUGAAAGCCCCUGCAUUGUUAUAUGGAGACGCAAGCACCUGGAAUCAUUUCCCUAAUUGCGAACUGGGUAAAAUGCACGAUGAUCUCUUAAGAGCUGAAUUGGGUUCACCAGAAGUUUCAUUUGUUUUCCAAUAUAUCUCCCAUUAA